UGUGUGUGUGUGCGUGUGUGCGUGCGUGCGUACGUGCGUGCGUGCGCGCGCGUGUGUAUGCAUGUGUUUUGCUCAGUGCACCAGGAGUCCAAGGUAACGCGGUUCAAUGAUGAGUUUACCAGACUUCAUGUGACAAUAUACAUGCAUUUUCCCAGAUAACAAUUCUCGUAAAAUUGAUACAUGAAAGGUAGAUGUUCUGACUCUGGAUAAUGUCUGUUGAUUAUGUAUUCAUCGUGCUGAUCGAUAUGUCGCUAUACUAUAAGUUCUACAUCCACACGCCAGGACAAGUGGUGGCGCUCUGCCGCAUUUCCUUUUAGCAAUAAGAAGAAGAAGAAGAUGUUUGGCUAGCUGGUUCGCUAGAACUAGCCUUCUACUCCUACUGUUUGUUAUUUUAAUAUUAUUAAUGCAUUUCUUGAGUUAGCGAUAUUCAUGCCUGCUAUAUAUUCCUUAAUACAGCCACGGUUGAUUCUGCUUAGCUAGUAGGCUAGCUAGCGCUGCCCAUGCCUGCCGCUGUUUAUUCAAACUGGUUCAAUGGCUAUCAGAGCAUGGAAUCCUAGAAAACAUGCCCUGGAUGCAGGAGACGCAUGUCCUGUUGUGUCCAAAGUAUUGAAGAAGGAUGGAAUGCAAUGUGUCUCUGCCGGCUGUGACGACGCAGACCUAAGUGAAGAUGACUCUGUUGCGCUGAGUGUGCCUCUGAGCUGUUGUGAUGACAGCGAAUGCAGCGACCAUGAAUUCAUCCAACUGGACAUCGACCUGGAGAGGAAAUCCAAGCGGCAUAACCUGACCUCCUGCAAUGUCCGCGCCAUCCUCCAUGAGGUGGUGACCAAUGAACAUGUUGUAGCCAUGAUGAAGGCUGCCAUUCAGGAAACCCAGGACCUCCCCCUGUUUGAACCUAAGAUGACCCGUUCGCGUCUAAAACUUGUGGUGGCACAGGGAGAGUCAGCCCCAAACUGGAAGAGUUCACCGGGAAAGAGAGACAAGCCUCCUCAGUUUGUGGACAUCAUCCUCGAAGAUGAGGAGGACUCCUCAGACGAGGAGUAUUGUCCGGAUGAAGACGAGGAAGAGGAGGAGACGGCGGAGGAGACAUUUCUGAGUGAUGCAGACAGCAUGGGGUCUUCACCCCGAGUGAGUCGAACUCCACGACAGCAGGAGACCACCGAGAGGGCCGUGGGCCAAUCACAGGUGUCCAGGUGCUCCAAACACCUCAGGCUGUCUGCAGGCCCCUGCGGUUCCCAGCUCCACAUCCCAGACUGUUCCUUCCUGGAGCGACUGGACGCCGUUGAAGAGGAGCUGGCGUUGAACACUUCCUGCCACUCUUACCAAUCUCUGAACGAAGAGGUGGAGGAAGGUGACGAAGGGGAUGGAGACGGUGGCGGCGGGGCCGGUGGCGAUGACGAUGCCAUCGGGCUCGUGGCGUUCCGCACCCGCUCCAAGCGGCCCCUCCGAGACGUCCCUCUGGGCCAGCUGGAGGCGGAGCUACUGGCUCCGGACAUCACCGCUGACAUGUACACCCCUGGCCCGCCUCUCUACAAGGAGGACCGACACUGGAGCCACUGGCUCCAAGGCCUGAUGGCCUCCGACAAUGAAGAAGAGGCAGAUGAUGAAGAUGACCCAGAGUACAACUUCUUGGCGGACUUGCGUGAGCCGGACCAGGAGGACUACAGGACGGACAGAGCUGUUCGAAUCACCAAAAAGGAGGUGAAUGAGCUUCUGGAGGAGCUGUUUGACACGUUCAAAGAAGAGCUGGUUGUGGAGGAAGCCCCGUCACAGACGGUGGCUAAAUUCAAUGUCCCGCAGGCUCUACGUUUUGAGGCGCCACUAGCCAACAUGCUAACAGAGUGCCGCCGGGCUGUGAGAGAGCAGUUUGACGCCCAGCAGCAGCGGAGGGCCGUGCAGGUCACGUCUAGCCGCUGCCCGGGUACCCCCACUGUGGGCCGUUGCCCUGGUACCCCCAACACGGCCCGCAACCCUGGUACCCCCGCCGUGGGCCGCUGCACUGCCACCCCCACCGCCCCACCACUGCUGGUGCUGCAGCCUCAACUCCGCCCCGCGCGCUUCUUGAACCACGUCCAGAAAGGCCAUCUGCAGCAGCAGGUCCAGCAGCAUGUGCAGCUGCUGACUCAGGUCCACCUCCUGAGCCGAUGUGUUAAAGCUCUUCACAAUGAGAGCUCCAUCACCAAAACAUACCUGGAGGAGCUGCAGCAGUUCUCCGGCCGCGCUGAGGCCGCGGGCCGCAGGAGCAGCUUCAGAGCGUCCAACCUGGAGGAGGCGCUGCUGCUGCUCCAGGAGGUGGAGGAGAAGGAGAAGGAGGAGACCCCCGUCAGCCCGCGGCCGUCGGCCCCUACAGCCGGACGCUGGCUCCCUGAAAUGAGCUCUAGCAUCAACAGUCACGUGUACCCCUACAUCCCAGCAGACAUGGCCUGGCUGAUGGCCACCAGGAGGCUGUUCCUCCACCCAGAGCUGCUCCCCAUCUGCAGCAUGGACCCCCAGCUCCACUCCCCCCGCACCAGGACCCUGUACACCCCCGCCGAGGACUGCCUGAUAGCCCUGGGGCUGAGGAACUUCUCCGGGACGCUGGACCUCCAUCAGAUGCUCAGCUCCUACCUGGUGCUGAAGAAACCCUGGAAGCUGCGCAGGAGAGUCUGGGAGAUGAGUGGCGCCAAGGCCCCGGCCAACAACCCAAUCAAGGUGUUCCGUGAGGGCGGAGGGCUCCCGGCCAUGCCCUCGGCCUGCGGCCCCACUGAGCCCGGAGAGCAGCGCCCCCCGGUGCACCGGGAGACCUCCUGCAUGCCCGAGUGGCUCAAGAAGAGUCAGCCAGUCAUCCAGAAAGCCGUGCUGAGCUCCGGCCAGGCUUCCUGCCCCUCCUGGCUGCCAAGGGACACCCAGCUGAGGCUGCAUCCGUCCCGCUCCCCCACAGUGACCAAGCAGCACCCCAGCUCUCCCCCCCGCCGCCUCAAACCCAAAAGACCCUUUUCUUUGGCUCGCAGCUCUCGCCUGCCACCUCUCAUCAUGGCAAACAGCCAAUCAGUCGGCCAGCAGCCAAGCUCGGCUGCUGCAACAGCCUCCGUACCGGACAUAAGGCCCAGUACUGUAGAGGACACGGCCCCCUCUCUACAGGGCAUAAGACCCAGUACUGUAGAGGACACGGCCCCCUCUCUACAGGACAUAAGACCCAGUACUGUAGAGGACACGGCCCCCUCUCUACAGGGCAUAAGACCCAGUACUGUAGAGGACACGGCCCCCUCUCUACAGGACAUAAGACCCAGUACUGUAGAGGACACGGCCCCCUCUCUACAGGACAUAAGACCCAGUACUGUAGAGGACACGGCCCCUUCUCUACAGGGCAUAAGACCCAGUACUGUAGAGGACACGGCCCCCUCUCUACAGGGCAUAAGACCCAGUACUGUAGUCACAACCCCGUCUCUACAGGACAUACGACCCAGUACUGUAGUCCAACGGGACAUGGCCCCCUCUCUACAGGACAUACGACCCAGUACUGUAGUCCAACAGGACAUGGCCCCCUCUCUACAGGACAUACGACCCAGUACUGUAGACAUGGCCCCCUCUCUACAGGACAUAAGACCCAGUACUGUAGUCCAACAGGACACGGCCACUUCUGCAGCUCAUAUUGCGCCUCGUGCUGUCACUGUAUCCAAUGUGCUUCAAGGAGGGGGUCUCCUCCCCAUCCGGGCCACACUGCACUGUGCCUCAACAUCCACAGGCUGUGGUGGAGUGGGAGGAGUGGGAGGAGUGGGAGGAGUGGGAGGAGUAGAUGAGGUGCAUAUUGAAGGAGCAGGGAAAGAACACGGCGUGGGAGAGGAGGAACAUGGAGGAGGAGGUGGAGGAGGGGAGGAGGCUAAUGAAGGAGGGGGAGAGGAGGACGGCGGGGGAGGGGGACAGGAAGAGGGGCACGCAGGAGGGGGAGAGGAGGGCCAUGAAGGAGCGGGCGAAGAGGGGAACGGAGGAGGAGGAGGAGCGGAGGAACACGGAGGCGGAGAAGAAACGGGAGGUGGGGACGACGGGCAGAGCGGAGGAGAGGGGGACGAGGGCGCGGAUAAAGACGGAGAGGAAGACGGGCCGGGCAGGGGAGAGGAGGAAGAUGACUUUGACGAUCUGACUCAGGAUGAAGACGAGGAAGAGGAGAUGUCUUCAGAGGAGUCCAUUCUCUCGGUUCCAGAGCUGCAGGAGACCAUGAAGCAGCUGACCUGGCUGGCCUCGGAGAGGAGGCUGGGGGGAGAGGACUCUGAGGAGGACCACUCCCCCGGCUCCCAGAACUCCCAGGAGGAGAUCUCUGAGGAGGAGGAGGAGGGGCUGGCCAAGGGGGAGGAGGAGGAGGCCGGAGAACACCGGCGCUCCGAGGCGGCCGGGGGCGGCGCUCCGGGUGGAGAGGGACUUCCCAGAGGAACGGGAAAGACGCUGGCGAGAGGGAGAGGUCGAAUCCGGCCCCCGGCGCGCCGUCGCCCGGAGCGGCACAGCAAGGACUCCGCCAAACUGCUGCUGCUGUACGACCACCACCUCCUGGACAACGACCCGCAGAGAGAGAGCAAAGACACGGCCUUCGCCCAGGCCUACCUGACCAGGGUGCGUGAGGCUCUGGGCGGUUCUCCAAAGAGGAUGGAGGACUUCCUGUCUCUGCUCUAUGAGUUUGAGGAGGCAGGGGAGGAGCAGGGCUCCAUGGUCCAGCUGUACCGGAGCCUGCGCCGGGUCCUCCAGGACAACACUGAGCUGCUCCGGGACUUCGCUGCCUUCCUGCAGCCAGAGCAGGCUCUGGAGUGUGGCCUGUUUGAGGAGCAGCAGGCGUUCCAGAGAAGUCGUCGUUUCCUGAGGCAGUUGGAGAUCAGCUUUGGAGAGAACCCGUCUCAUUACCAGAAGAUCAUCAAGGCCCUACAGGGAGGAGAUGACCUCAGCCAAUCCAGUAUCCACGAGCUGAAAGCUCAGAUGGCCAGCCUGUUGAAGGGACACACCCACCUGCAAGGUGAAUUCUGGGUGUUUUUUGAUGAGCUCCGCCCACCCCUGGCUCGUCCAGGCCAGUUCGAAGAUGCUCAUUGGCCAGAGGAAGGAGGCGGUGCCUUGGACGGCAUCGAGGCCAUUGGUGCAGGAUCCGGGGGGGGAGCCAACGAUGGCUUCGAAGAAGUCACUCUCCCAGAACUCGAGGACGAGGAAGAUGGACAGAAGAUCCCUCCAAUGGCUGUCCGGCGUCGCAGGAGGAAAAUGGUUUCCUGCAGCAGCUACAAGACCUCCGACGGAGUCUCUAAAACCGUGAAGAACCUGGAGCCACUCUUCCCUGCUGGAGACAAGGACAGAGGAGACGACGGGGGAGGAAGGGGUCGAGAGAAGGAAGGGGGGGACAAGGGUUCAGAAAAGGAGGGAGGAGACAAGACUGGAGGAGACGACGAGGAGGAGGACGGGGGAGACAAGGUUUCAGAGAAGGAGGGAGGAGACGAGCAGGGGGGAGACAAAACUCUAGGAGACGAUGAAGAAGAGGGGGAGGGCGAGAAUGCAGGGGACAAGGAGGUGGGAGACAAUGAGGGGGGAGAUGAGGAGGCAGGAGACGAAGAGGGGGGAGAUGAAGCGGAGGCAGAAAAAGAGGGAGGAGACAUGGGGGGGGGAGUCGGGGAGGAGGCAGAGAAAGAGGGAGGAGAUGAGAUCGGAGAAAAGGAAGGAGGAGAAGUGGCAGUUGACUGUGAAGCCAGCAGUUCUGGGCCAGCUGCGUCAUCGUGGAACUACAUUAAGGUCGGCCCUGCAGCCAUGGCUGACGAAGAGGAAGAGGAGAUGGAAGAGGGAGAGAAUAAGCACAGUGAUGGCGAACGCGGCCGCGCUGACGACUCCCCUCACGCCAGGCCAAGCCCCUCCCCCGAGACCGCCGUCGGGGCCAAGAACAUGUCCCUCACGGCGAGCGGGGAGAAGGUGAUCCUGUGGACCAGGGAGGCCGACCGAGUCCUUCUGACCACCUGUCAGCAGGACGGAGCCAAUCAGAGCACAUUCCAAGCUAUUUCUAAUCUGCUCGGCAACAAGACUCCGAACCAGGUAUCAAGGAGGUUCCGGGAUUUGAUGAAACUGUUUCGUACCGCUGCCCGUCAAGCCGAUUCAGAGGAGGAAGUCCCUCCCUCUGAGCUGGCUGCAGCCAAUGAGGGAGAGGGACAGGAAUGACUCUAGGAAUAAGUGAUGUAUAUAUAUUGUAGCUUGUUUUUACUGUGUAUAAAACAUGUGUCAUUUUUCUGUAUAUAAAUGAAACUGCUGAUGCUUUUGUACAUAUGAAGAAGGUAUGCGAUCAUGUCUUCGUUUUGUAAAAUGUUUUUACAUUAAACUAAAAUACUUUAUUUAUAAAA